GUAAUUGCGUUCACAACAAUUUCAAUUAUUAUUUACUUUUUGGUGAUUUUAGAAAUAAUUGUUUGAAGAAAUAAUAAAUUUGUUCAAAUGAAGGACUUUAACGAAUUGUUGUCUCGACACCCGAGGAAAGGUAACAAAUGGAUCUCUUACGGAACGGCAGGAUUUCGUGAUAAGCUUCAAUUCACUCAUAUUUGCCAACAAAUCAAAACUAAUGCCAAAUGUUUCAGAGCCACUGAAUUACAACACAUUAUGUUCCGAAUGGGAAUAUUGGCUACACUUAGAGCUAGAGUUGUCAGA